CUAAAUAUGAAAAGCAAAUUAAGUGGUUGGUUUAGUGAAAUCUAUGUAUAUUGCUUUAGUUUUAAAAAACUAUUAUAUGCCAGAUUUGUCAUCCUCUGUAAUAACUUGUGAAAACCUGUUGAAUGUAGCACUUGGAAAAUGUUUUAGGAUUUUAAGUAAUGAAGUCAAAAUUGGAUAUAUAUUGAAAAGAGUCACUAAAGUAAAUUUAUAUUAUGAGUUGAAAAAAUUUCAAAGCAAAGAAAUCUCAAUUUAGGAUUUUCAUAAGAAAAGGUUUCCAGAUUAAUGUUUUGUUCACUUUAAAUGAA